GGAUUUGGGUUUGGGCGUGUCUUAAAUCCAAAACUGUCGUCUCUCUCUCUCUUCUCGGCUCUAUGCUACAUUUAUAUCUCCUGGAAGCAGAAAACCUCCAUUCUCUGUCCCUCUUUACUUCCAGAGAAAGACUAGGGGAGAAGAAGCUAUCUAUAGCUAUUCUGAGACUUCUUUCUUCAUCAAUUAAUUAGAUUCUCUGUUAUCAAUCAGACUAACAAACUGCUGCAAUGGGAAAGAAGCAAAAGGAGGAUGCUAGUGGCGCACCCUCAAAGGCUAAGGCUGGCAAUAAAGAUGCAAAGAAGGAAAAACUAUCAGUCACUGCCAUGUUGGCUAGCAUGGACCAGAAACAUGACAAACCUAAGAAGGGUUCUUCGUCAACCGUAACGUCUAGCAAGCCCAAGCCAAAGUCAGCUCCUUCGUACACCGAUGGAAUUGAUCUUCCUCCGUCUGAUGAUGAAGAAGAGCCGAAUGGCUUGGAAGAAGAGCAGCAGCAGAAUGAUCCAAACAAGAGACCCAGUCAGCGGAGGUCUGAAUUGAAGCCCCUUGAUGUAGCCAUAUCGGAUAAAGAAUUAAAAAAACGUGAAAAGAAGGAAGUUCUUGCUGCCCAUGCCAUCGAGCAUGCGAGGCGGGAGGCCCUUAAAGAUGACCAUGAUGCUUUCACGGUUGUCAUUGGAAGCCGGGCUUCUGUCCUUGAUGGGGAAGAUGAAGGUGAUGCAAAUGUCAAAGAUAUAACAAUAGAGAAUUUUUCUGUCUCAGCUCGGGGGAAAGAACUGCUUAAAAAUGCAUCUGUGAAGAUAGCACAUGGACGGAGAUAUGGUUUGGUUGGGCCCAAUGGAAUGGGCAAGUCUACACUAUUGAAGCUCCUUGCUUGGAGAAAGAUUCCCGUGCCAAAGAAUAUUGAUGUGCUUUUGGUUGAACAGGAGGUCAUUGGUGAUGAUAAAACAGCUUUACAAGCAGUUGUUUCAGCUAAUGAAGAACUUGUCAAACUCCGAGAAGAAGUUGCCUCCCUGCAGAAAUCUGACGGCCCUGCUGAGGGUGAAAACAAUGGUGAUGAUUAUGAUGAAGAUGAUGCUGGAGAGAGGCUUGCUGAAUUGUAUGAGAAAUUGCAGUUGAUGGGAUCAGAUGCUGCUGAAUCACAGGCAUCAAAGAUUCUUGCUGGGUUGGGUUUCACCAAGGAUAUGCAGGGCCGUCCAACUAGGUCUUUUAGUGGUGGCUGGAGGAUGAGAAUUUCACUGGCAAGGGCACUUUUUGUGCAGCCUACUCUUUUAUUGCUUGAUGAGCCAACCAACCAUCUUGACUUGAGGGCUGUUCUCUGGUUGGAGGAGUAUCUGUGCCGGUGGAAGAAAACUUUGGUUGUUGUCUCCCAUGACCGAGAUUUCCUCAACACAGUUUGCAAUGACAUCAUUCAUCUACAUGAUCAGAAACUCGACUCCUAUCGUGGAAAUUUUGAUGACUUUGAAGUUGGGUAUGAGCAGAGGCGGAAGGAGACAAACAAGAAGUUUGAGAUUUAUGACAAGCAGAUGAAAGCUGCCAAGAGGAGUGGGAAUCGGGUGCAGCAGGAAAAGGUCAAGGAUCGAGCAAAGUUUGCUGCAGCCAAGGAAGCAGGAAAGAAUAAGGGCAAGGCAAAGGUUGAUGAGGAUCAAGCCCCACCCGAAGCUCCAAGGAAGUGGAGAGAUUACAGCGUUGAGUUCCACUUUCCUGAACCUACUGAGCUUACACCACCACUCUUGCAGCUCAUUGAAGUGAGCUUUAGUUAUCCAAAUCGGGAGGAUUUCAAGUUGUCAAAUGUUGAUGUGGGCAUUGACAUGGGGACCCGUGUUGCUAUUGUUGGACCCAACGGAGCUGGCAAAUCCACUCUCCUAAAUCUUCUUGCAGGUGAUUUGGUACCAACCGAAGGUGAAGUGAGGCGGAGUCAGAAGUUGAGGAUUGGAAGGUACUCGCAGCACUUUGUGGAUCUUCUUACAAUGGAUGAAACACCUGUACAAUACCUUCUUCGUCUCCAUCCAGACCAAGAGGGGCUUAGCAAACAGGAGGCUGUUCGGGGGAAGCUUGGCAAAUUUGGACUUCCCAGUCAUAAUCAUCUUACCCCUAUUGCAAAAUUAUCAGGUGGGCAGAAAGCCCGAGUUGUCUUCACAUCAAUAUCAAUGUCAAAGCCCCAUAUCCUACUUUUGGACGAACCCACAAACCACUUGGAUAUGCAAAGUAUUGAUGCCUUGGCUGAUGCGCUUGAUGAAUUUACUGGUGGGGUAGUCCUGGUCAGUCACGACUCUAGAUUGAUAUCACGUGUCUGUGAGGAUGAAGAGAAGAGUGAAAUUUGGGUGGUGGAAGAUGGAACUGUGACUGCUUUUCCGGGGACAUUUGAAGAGUACAAAGAGGAGCUACAAAAAGAAAUUAAGGCUGAGGUUGAUGAUUAAGGUUGCAGUUACAAUACUUAUUCUUUGCAUCGCUCGCAAGACAUUCAAACUCAUCCUUUUUGGAGUUUUGCAAUAUUCCCAUUUAAAUCUCCUCAAGGUCCUAAUCAGGGUGAAGGAGCUAGCUCAGGAAUGAUGUCUUCAACAUGAACUGCAUGGGAAUGUAGAAACUUGAUCUGCAUCCCAAUAAUCGAGCAUCGCUUAUGGAAAGCGCUGAACAACAGCUUGCCCACAGAAUUAACUUGGCAAAUAGAAGAAUUCAGCAUGCAGGAUGUAGUUCAUGCGGAGAUCACAAGUAAAAACAGAGACCACCAUCCAGCGAUCGCUCGAGAGUGUGCAGCUUCUGGUUUUCUAGUCUUCUAGGCAUGAAAUUGAAAAUGAACUCUCUCAGCGUUUCCUAUGACGGUUCCUGCAGCUUGGUAGCAAUUUUCCAUUUCCCAUGCUCACAGGUGUUGUAAUAGUUGCUCCCGGCCGAGCUCAGAUGGCCAAGCUUGAUGAUACAAUAACAAAGGUUAAUCACCUGCA